AUGCACAUCUUCAAUUAUUUGAUAUUAUUACUUCAAUUAUUAUUAGCAUUUAUUCAUUCGGCCAAAUCGGAAUUAAUUCCGCUUUCUUAUGAUCUAUUAUUCAAACUUCCAAUUCGAGAAUUCAAUGGAUUCACCGGAUCGAUGGUUCUUCAUUUCAAUUUGACCACCUUAUCCGAUAAUAUUACAUUGGAUUCGGUCGAUUUGCACAGUUUCCGUAACAUUAGUUUGAUUUCAUCGAGUGAUUUGAGUGAGCCGAUUUUGAAGUCGAUUCGGAUUCUGAGAGAAUCUGUCGAGUUCCGAUUCGCGAAGACCUUGUAUCCAGGACAAUAUCUGCUGACUAUAGGUGAAUAUAAUGGAAGGAUCAACAAUGGAUCAGAAGGAUUAUUUGAGCGGAACAAUCCGACACUUUAUACAACUCAUUUGCAAACGAAUCAUGCCCGAAAAGUGUUCCCUUGCAUCGACAAGCCAUCAGUGAAAAGCCUCUUCCGCUUGUCGAUUGUGCACCCGACGAAUACAAUUGCUGAAUCGAACACCAUUGCAAUGGAUGUACAUAUCGAAGACGGAGAAUGGCAGCGAACAAUCUUCUCAUCCACUCCACUACUUCCAACCUACCUCGUCGCAUUUUCGGUUAUGCCCGAUGAAAACAUGCAGCUUUCUCGCCAAACUUCGUUCGGUGUUACUGUUCGUGUUCAUGGCGAGAAGCGAUCAACGGUAAUACGAGUAUUGGAUUGUGCUCUCGCGAGUUUCGAGCUUCUCGCAAAUUUGAUAGAUGUCCCGCUGCCUCUGAAUAAGAUCGAUUUUAUUUUGGUCCCUGAAUAUGACGGCGGAAUGGAGAAUUGGGGACAUGUCAUCAUUUCGAGGCAUCUCGCUGACAACGGAGAUGAUGCUCAUUUGAUCUACCUGAUUGCUCAUGAAAUAGCACAUCAUUGGAUCGGAAACCGUGUUACCAUCGAUAAUUGGCAGUUCAUUUGUCUGCAGGAGGACCUCGCAGACUGGCUUGCCGUCAAAGUGGUCAAAGCGCUUCUCACUGAUGAGACUAAAUUGCAAAGAUUCCAACUAUCGCAAUAUGUCGAAAUUCAAUUAGUCGAGGAUUUUUUGAGUCCCAAUCAUUCUCUUGUGAUGCCAGAAGAUGUCAAUCAGGAUAUGAUCAAUCGGCAUUGCUAUCUCAAAGGAGUUGUUCUUUUGGAUUCUUUGGAAUCGGUUGUUGGGGAGCAGUUCAUGCUCUCUGUUGUAAAGAGUCUCGCAGCAUCUCACUCAACAUUCAAUUUGACUGUCUUCACCUCCUUCUUCGAUCAGAUUCGUGUCGAUCGGAAUGCAACCGUCGGACAAAUAUACGAAUACUGGUUCACACAAGGCGGAUAUCCAGCAAUUCUCGUUGAGAACAAUGGACCAUCAUCGAGGCUUCAACAACUUUCUAGACCGUUGUGGCCUUUGAAGAUGACAUCAACUCUUGCUGUUCCUCAAUUUGUCUUCUCAGAAUCCAUUCUGUUUGCUUCGGAAUCAGCUCCCCUUUUAGUCAAUCUUAACUUCACCUCGUUUAUGAGAGUCAACUAUGAUCACUUCACCUGGACCGCAAUAUUCAAGUACAUGAUUGAAGAGCCGAUGCUCUUUUCAGCAGUUGGUCGUGCUCAGCUUAUCUCCGAUUUCUGUUAUUUCUACGCCAACGGACAAGUUGAAAACGGCCCUCUUAUUAAGGAAGCUGUCGUAGAUAUGGUUUACUCUCAUCCGGAGCAUUUUGAACUCUGCGAUUGGAAUCUUUAUUGGUGUCUCGCAAAGUCCGAUCAAUCACUGUUCAGCCAGUUCGUCCGAGGAUUGGCAUUUCGAUUCUCACAGGCGACGUUCGAAAAUACGGAAGCGUUUGGAUGCAAAAAUGGAAUGGCAGCAAGGAAUUUGAAUCAAUUUUGCGAGCGAAUUUUUGGCGCCAAAUGUAUUUAA